AUGCAGCCAUUCGCCUUGGUCAGUGCUGCUUUCCUGCUGAUCUGCAUCUCCUCUGGUAGCACAGCAACCCAUAGGCACUACCGACAAGUCCUUACUGGAAACCAACCAGGUGUGUGCCGCUAUGGUGGGAGACUGGAGUGUUGCUAUGGCUGGAAGAAAAACAGUAAAGGGCACUGUGAGGCUCAGUGUGACCACGGCUGCAAGCACGGAGAGUGUGUUGGCCCCAACAAAUGCAAGUGCUUCCCAGGAUACACAGGAAAGACAUGUAAUCAAGAUUCAAAUGAGUGUGGCUUGAAACCUCGUCCCUGUGAACAUCGUUGCAUGAACACCUAUGGCAGUUACAAGUGCUACUGUCUCAACGGAUACACCUUGAUGCCUGACGGAUCUUGUGCCAAUUCCAGAACUUGCUCUCUUGCUCACUGUCAGUACGGAUGUGAGGAAGUUCAGGGGGAGAUUCGCUGCCUCUGCCCAUCUGGGGGGCUUCAACUGGGGCAAGAUGAGAGGACAUGUGUCGAUAUUGAUGAAUGUGUUACCGGGAAGAACCUGUGCCCAUACAACAGAGAAUGUGUGAACACCUUUGGCAGCUACUACUGCAAGUGCCAGGGCGGCUACGAUCUGAAAUAUGUUGACGGAAAAUAUGAUUGUGUAGACAACGAUGAGUGUGCAGCCGGCACCCACAAGUGCAGCCACCAGGCUGUCUGUCUGAACACUCAAGGAUCCUUCAAGUGCAGGUGCAAGCCUGGCUUCAGGGGCAGUGGCUUUGAAUGCUCUGUCAAGCCGUUUUAUCAGAAGUCGUGGGAUGGAGACAAAGGCAGUGCAGAUGAUUUCCUCAAUGCCAUCCCAGACUCCCAAGUGAGGCCCGGGACUCUAGACGAGGGAAUCAAAAACAUUAUCCCUGAACCAGUCGCAACUUUACCCCCUAAGAUCAACCAGCAGCCAUUCGACUAUGAUGGAGAGGUCUACAUUGGCGCCCAGAAAGAGGGGGGACCAGAGGAAGAAUUUCUUGAUGAAGAGCAGGAGGAGGAAGAGGAGGAGGAGGAGGAGGAGGAGGAGGAAGAUGUAGACAACCAGCUCAAUCCAAGAGGAGAUGUUUUCAUAUCAGAGGACUUUGAAUCGGUUUUCGGCCCAGCCACAGAAGUCAAAGAAAUCCAAAUAGCACCAGUUCAGGAAGAAUUCAUCAUGGAUUGCAACUUUGACCAGGGAGCAUGCGAGUGGGUCCAAGACAGAGCUGAUGACAUGGACUGGAGUGUAGCCUACCAUGAUACUGGUGCAGAGUACUACAUGGCUAUGAGUGGGCUCCUCGGGGAGAAGGAGAAUAUGGCCAAGCUGAAGUUGCUUCUCAAUGACAAGGUGCAGCAGGGCAGCUUCUGCCUCAACUUUGACUACCAUGUUGUGGGACGCAACGUGGGCAGUCUCAAGGUGCUGCUGGAUAACAAUGCUUACCCAGUGUGGGAGCAGAGCCAAAGCCGAGACCAGGGCUGGCAGACAGAGCUCCUCACCGUUGCCUGGAAAGAAGAGGCCCCAGAAUCUAUUAUCUUCGAAGCUCAGCGCGGCACAGGUGUUGGAGGAGAGAUCGGGCUGGACAACGUGGUGCUGACCUCAGGGCCCUGUCAAGAAGACGUGGACCAGCUCUUUUAG